AUGAAAACUAAUGAAUCACAUGUUUUAAACUUGAGAGGCUUAUUUAUCUCUCCUAGUCUUUCCAACUAUUAUGACAUUAUUUGCACAGGAAAUUCUCAACCUUCUGUCCGGAAGGUCGAGCAGCAACUAACCCACAACUGGUCUGAUUUCGAAGAGACUGAAGUACCAAAUUUGUCACCGUCAUGCAGGACCUCCAAUCAUAAGUGGCCGCCCUCGCAACGCCCUCUUCCUCCGCUACCCCUAGCAGCCAGGCCUAUUCAGUAUCCGCCUACACGAAAAGCACCAUCACCACCUUCGGUGCAGUUGUCUCCAAGGCAGGCCACCCCACCGCCUCCUCCUCGUCUGUUACCCGUAGCCCAAUCGUCCUCUUUCGUCCCCAAGUCGACCACUUUCACUACUCUCACUUCACAAUCUCCGGAGCAAAGUGAUGCAACUGCUACCCCACUCACAGAGACACCAGUUGGUCGAGAUGUGCUAAAGCCUCACACUCUAUCAGAACAUUUCAUUCAGGCGGGUUUACCGAAUGAAACCCAAAUCUCAACCUCUUCGGUCAGUACACACCUGUCGCAGGUCUCGAGUUCUGAUGUUGGUAUGGGCCAAGUGUCUACAGCAGAGAUGGAGGGAUUUGUAAGAUUCCGCAUCCUAUUCUUUUUUUUUGAUCUGCAUGCUAUCCUUUUUGGUUAA